AAACCAUCCUUUAGUCCGGUUCCAACCUUCAAACCAUCAACACAACAAGAGUGAAAGUUACUCGAGAGUAUUUUAAAGCUCUGCUCCAUAUUUUGUGUUUUGUGAGAUUAGGGAUUCCCAGGAUACAUCAAGGUAUUAAAGGCUUAGCUUUCAAGUCACUGCUUGAAAUUUGUCCGGAUUAAAUUGCUUGAAUGUGAAGGUAUGCAGUAUGCGGAGGCUUCAUUUCAUUCAUCGCACAAACUUGGCUUGAAAACUGCCUGAAAACUGCCUGAAAACUGCCUGAAACCCGGCCUGAAACGGCCUGAAAACUCUCUUAAUUAGUUUUUAAACUAUAGUGUUGUGAUCUGUAGUGUAUAUGCGAGCAGAAUGAAGAGUAGUGAGAUGUUGGGAAUAAUAAUUAUUCUAGCUGGAGCCCAGGGUUCUGUACUACCGUAUGAAGCUUGCUCCGCUGUAGCGUGUCGAGCUGGGCGGGAAUGUGUUGUACUGGAGAACAAGAAUACGGAUUGCGUUUGCAUCACUAAAUGUCCGGAUCAUUGGAAGCCGGUUUGUGGGUCGGAUGGUAAGAGCUAUGAUAAUCACUGUGAACUUCAUAGAACAGCAUGCAUAGAUGGAGUUCAUAUUUCACCUUUACAUCCAGGGUUCUGCAAGGGUGAGAGGGAUGCUCUGAUUGCCCGUGAAGAGUUUAUUGAACAGAUUUCACAUUGGGGAGAAGAAAAAGAUGUCCCUACACCGCUUGCUUGUUUUGAGAAUGACCGGAACCGUCUGCGUGAGUUCCUGAUUAGUUGGUUUGAUCUAAGCUCCAGGAAACAGCCUUGGUUCAGUCAUGGUAUGACCCACAAUGAGAUCCUAUCUGGACAUUUUACUGGGAUGGAUGUUGAUGAAGAUGGAUACCUGGAUAGUCAAGAAUUAUACAAGUAUAUAUCAAGAAAUAGUUCUCAACCUCAGAUUAAAACUGAUAAAAUCAGAGAACUGUGCCUUGAUGCUUUGGUAGAGGAAGGAGAUGUAAACAUGGAUUGGAGACUCAGCUAUUCAGAGUACAAGGAGAUACUUCAGGACGGAUAUAUUCCUUCUUCUCAAGUUUGUAAGCUGAAUGGAAGAAUAUACAAUGAUGGAGCUGAAACUAGUGUUGAGUGCAAUGGUUGUGUUUGUGCUUGUGGUAAGUGGAUUUGUACCAGCAACUUGUGUACCGAGGGAUACAAGGAUAUUUUUAACAACGACAAAAUUGACGAUGAUGAUGAUGAUGAGGAUGAGGGUGAGGAUAGAUACAAAGAUAUAUUUACAAACAGUUUGGAUAUUCAAGACUCAAGAACAAAGCAUCCUCUGGAUCUAAAAACCAAGGGAGGAUUGAAUACUAUAGAGACAAAGUAUAAGAUGUUGUUAAACAACAGAAUCUAUAGUCAUGAUGAUAUGGAUGAUGAUGAUGCAAACUAUGAGUACGAUGAUGAUGAUGAUGAUGAUGAUGAUGAUGAUGACGAACCUGAAGAGGAUCCCGAUGUUCAAGAUAUAAACUGGUUUUAAAAUCACACAAAAAAAUUAAAUGGUUCGAACAAAAAAACAAAGUUUACAUAUUGGGAUAACUAAAGAUGCUUUGGUUUGAAUACUGGAAAAAAUUUCAUUAUUUAACAUUUAGGCAAAAAAAUAAAAUGAUUAGGCCUUUAUCUAAGCAUUUACCGACGUUCAACGAUCUGAAGAAAAACAAAAAAUUUUCAUCGGAACAUCUUGUAUAUCCAGUACUUUAGUACAUCUUGUACAUCCAGUACUAUAGUACUGUACUAAGGAAUACAGUACAAAAUGUAUUGUAUUCUUUUUUAUACAAGAAAUCUAACAAUACAUGAUGUAAAUGGAUAUUUAAAUACAAAAUAAAAUGUAAAUCAGUGU